UGUCGGAGAUUAUUAGCUAAUCUGCAUCACUCUUGUUCAGGUUGUGGCAACGGGAAGUACCUGAGCGUUAAUCACAGCAUCUUUAAAGUAGGAGUGGACCGGUGCAAACGUUUCACGGAUAUCGCGCGUGAGAAAGAAAAUGAGGUAUUGAUCUGCGAUAAUCUAGCCCUGCCGUUUCGAGAUGAGAGUUUCGACGCGGUGCUCUCUAUCGCCGUGGUGCACCACUUUGCCACAACAGAGAGGCGGGUGCACGCGUUGAAAGAACUUGCACGAGUAUUGCGGAUUGGCGGUCGGCUGGUCAUAUCAGUAUGGGCUAUGGAACAAAAGCACAGGAAGUUUGAGUCUCAGGAUGUGUUGGUACCGUGGCCCAAAGCCUACUGCGUGAACUCGGUGUCGAAUAGAUCGAAACGUUCCAACGUGCCGCAUACCACCGAUUUACACUGCAAUCAGAACGCUCAGAGAUUCCUGUCUUCGUCUUCCAAAAGGAACAGCGAACGAAAAUGCAAAAGCAAGAGCUAUUGGAUCGACCCGAUAUUCAGUCCAUCACCGUCAACCAGCAGCCUAUCGAGCCCGAAUGAGACCUGCUAUAGUUUUUUCCGUCGCGCAUUGCAGAAAUUAGCAGGAGGCAGACGUGGAUCUGGAAAUCGGCCGUGGUUCCUCGACAGUUGGCAGAGCGGCAGUGGGAAGAAUCGUAAGGACUACGAGCAAGAGGAACCACCGGACGUGGACGAGCUGCCCAUCGAGUUACGCCGCGUGGAAGAUGUUAACGUGACGUUGAACAAGCAGUCAGACUCUCUCAGUAUCAAGUCAAAGAGUCUGGGCGAUAUUCUGGAGAUCCAGCGGCUGGACCUCGUGCGAUCUAGAUCCAGCAUUCCUGGCCUGUGCUCCGUGCUGACGUCGGAAUUGAACCUGGACGGAGAAUCGAGGACGUCGUCGUCGAUGAGUGGCUCGAAGCCACGGCUGGUCAAGCAGAAGACUCACCUCGUGGACGACACUGGUUUGGAACAUCCUGAUAACACUGCCAUUCAAGAACUAUUUAAGGACAUUCCAGACUUUCAGGUAACACCAGGUCACUACUUGAAACGGGGAAGCAUCUUGAAACAGAGCUCGAUGAACGAGGAAUUAAUGUCAACCGAUAGGCUAGAAGAGAAAGAAAGGGUACGAAGGAACAUAAUGAAACAGGCGUCCCUGAACGAGGAUAUCAUCUGCAAGAGGAAAACCUUCGAAUCCCUCAGAGACUCCCUCUAUUCUGUAAACGCGACAAAGAGAUUUCAACUGUUGAAAAGUGGCCUUACGAACAAGAUUAAACAAUCCACGACGAAUAUCGAGGUGUCCGGCAUAUCGAUCAAAAACGGAUUCGUGAAGAUCUUACAAGGAUGGAAGUCCAGCGAGAACGACGCGAAUACAGCUAACUCAUCGAUCGACGAAGCAUCGAAGACAAAGGGCAAUGACUCGAAGGUUCAGCCUGCCACCGCGUCGAAAAGAGAGACAGAGGUGAUCGAAAGACGCUUGUCUCGCGAGGAUGGCUCAGACUCGUCGAAAGACAGCAGUCUGCAAAGCGACACGAGCGUCGAUUCCGAGGACAGUUUCGCGUCCGUGAUUUACGUGCCAAAACAGGACGCACAGCCAACGACAGAGGCUGUUAUCCCAGCCUCCAGUGGUCAUCAGCUGGGAAGUAUCUCAGCGCCACCUUCACCACGCGUCAAACAUCCACCUGAUACGCCUAACUCGAGAUUGAAGGUCAUUUCCAUAUCCCCGUUGCUCAAACAGUUCCCAGCUACAAGCAAGUCUCUACCACCACCCAGUCCACCUGGCCUAUCUCCUUGUGCUUUAAAUCCUGUAUUUACCGGGCCGUUCUUUGGUUCAAAUACUGUCGCCAGCCAGCAACAAUCACCUGGAGACAAUACCGUUAACGCGAAGAGGACAGAGGUCUUGAACAACGGCUACCAUUCGCCAACCAACGGGGACUUGCAGGCUAGUAAAAAAAAUGUCGAGAGCGAGAUUUGUGGAAGGAAUAAUUUCCUGGAGGGGAAGAAGCCCAGCUUGCAGACUAUAUGCGCUUACAGGUCUAUGACUGAGAGUCUGGAGGUUGAAGAACCGAAAACUAUCAAGGACACCGCACCACUAUUACCUGUGGACGAUAGUCCUGAUGUGUCGUUGCACGAGAAGAGCACCUUUGAAAUCAGUAAGGAGGAAGACAGUCGUAAAGCCAGACUGAAUCAGAUCAAGGAGCUGUUGAAACAGAAGCCUGGUUUCGCAACCAGAACCAAACCAUCGUUCCCUCUAGUCAGAAGAGCUUCGACGACAGCCAGUGGUCGUUUAGAGGCCGUUACCAAGGUACUACCACGGUUGCUCUCGCUGGAGCUGUUCAAUCCGGAGACCGAUGACCUCGACAGCGAUUCCAGCGGUGUGUCCUCGCCGGAUUCCGUAGGUUCUGUGAUCAGCGUGAUCUCCGACGAGAGAUACAUGGCUAAGAAGGAUAAUACUAAAUCCGAGUGCACCGAGUCCGAAGUAUUGGACAGUUCAGCUGAAAACGUGUCUGAUCCUAGCGACGUGACGACAGCUGACGAAUCGUCAGGGUACGUAGCUGAUUCCAAGGAAGACGAGACGAAGACAACGGGUGACAGUAGCUCGUCUCAGUCUUCUAGACUUCUAGAGGCUGCAGCCAACGUCGCCAGUUCCCUGGAAGACGCUGUCGAAACGGCCAUCACGAAAACGCACACUAAACCACAUGCGAUGCAAGUAGCACAACAGGAAAGCGUCGAAAGUUCAGCCAGCAGCGAGACGAAAGUCAGAGCGAAGUCGGAUAUCCAAUUGCCAGAAGUGGAGGACACGUGGAACGAAGAAUGCCGCAAACAUCUGAUUGACUUCACCGAGAAACUCAGUGAGAACUUGAUGCACGGGCUGGACGAGAACAAGAACGACCAGAGUAUUUUAGACAAGCCGUACCUGUCGAAGAAAGACUUGGACAAACGCAACGUCGAGCCCCUACCCUCUUACGACGUUUCAUCCUCGAUAUCCAACAAGUCCAAAUACAACGAUUUAUCGAACACGAUCGCCUGGUUGAGCAACACCAACAACGGUUUCAACGAAGAAAUGCAUAGGAGCACCUCGGACGAUAUAAUGGAUUUCGUGAUGGUCUCCAAUACCGGGGAAUUCAUGAACGAGAAAGAGGCAACGUCGUUGGACAAGCAAUCGUCUGAGAAACCGUAUCUAAGAAGCGCCAACUCUAUAGGGUCCAGCGACAUUGGUGAAUCCAUUGAUAAUACCAUCAGCUUUAGCGACGGAAGUCGCGCAGACUCCACUGGGAGACUAUGCAGCAGCAUGAUGUCGCUGCUGUCGAACACCAACGAGUAUCCCAAGUCGUACGCUGAGAAGCAAAGGCUCCAAUUGCAAAGGAGGUCCGCAUCCGAGGAGACGCCACCCAGGUAUCCGGACAAUAGCAAACGCAGUACCGAUUGUCUGGUAACGACGACAGGAAGCAACGACUCCCUAACUGGAUCCUCAUCCCAAGAAUCUCUGCCGUCCGAUCGCGGAGGCGGCGCCAUCACUUAUCAUCAGUACUAUCACGUGUUCAGGGAGGGCGAGCUGGACCAACUGAUCAACAAAUACGUGGAGAACUUGCAUAUUAUCUCGUCUUACUACGAUCACGCGAGCUGGUGCAUCGUCGCGGAGAAGGUGCAGGUCUGGACUAUAUGACUCGAGGCGGACGCCCCUGUCCCGUUCUCGCGCGGAGCGUCGCGCCUCGUGCGUCGCCACGCCGCCACGCCGCCGGUUAGAUCGCUUAUCGGGCAAGGAUAAUCAGUUCGUGAAGCUCGCUGAACUUCGUGAAAUGCUUCUCGAUUCUCUCGUCUUUAUGUCGGGUACACACGGCUCUUGGUUUACGACGAAGAGCAGGCUAAUUUCUUUGUUAUUAAAGCCAAGCGCAGGCACGGUUGGUAGCUAAUGAAGAUACUCUACUCAACUGAAUUUAUUAUCGCUUCUCUUAUUUAUUGCCCAGGUCGAAACUGAUUACAUUGGCCGACUGUGAGUCACGGCCAGAGUCCAAACAAGUGGAGAUACCAAAAUUUUUAAAUCUGACGCGGAUAGUUGGAGAACUAUAUGAGAAGAUUGGAUUUUCACUGAAAGAAACAAAGAAAUAACUUCCGGUGUUACAUUACGUUUAUUCUUCGCGCAGUUAGGUCAAGCAAAAUGUUUAGUUCCCUUGAAGAGAACGUGAUAUUAUUAGCUAUCUGCCAGAAAUAGAAGUUAGCACGAGAUAAGAGAUAAAACGAAUUACAAAAGAGGAGGAACCAGAUGUAAAUAUG